AUGUUUCAGCUUCCUUGCCGUGCGGUCAAAGGAAAAAUACAGCCAGCCAGCCUCGGACCCCGACAAGGUGCUGUCCCUCAUACUUCUCAUGUUCUUCCACACGCGCGCACACACACGAAAACAUAUCAAAAAGAAUCCCAAGAAGAAAAAAAGAAGAAGAAGGAGAAGAAGGAGAAGAAGGAGAAGAAGGAGAAGAAGGAGAAGAAGGAGAAGAAGAAGAAGAAGAAUAAAAUGCUUUUUCACCCAGACCGAAGAAUUGUUCGUUCGUGA